AUGGCUCAAUUUCUACCCAGAUCAAUGUAUGUAUUGAUCUUGUUCUUAAUUAGUGGUGUCGCUACACAACAUACUGAAGCAUGGUAUCGAAGCGAAUUAUCAACAUCAAUAAUACCGUUGUACAAAAGUGCAUGUGAUAUGCUGAGUACGCAUGUUAUACAAAAAUUAACAGCAUUGAAUAUCAAAGGUUUUGUUCGUAAUCAAACAGCUGUGACUGAGAUUGCUCGCGAUUUAAAAUGCACCAUUCAACAUGUAUUGCAAUUACUACAACAAGCAGUCCAUCACAGUCUGCAACUGAAUGAUAAAACUGAACUCAAAAUUGAAAAUGGUUAUUCAGCAAUUAGUGAAAUACGAACAACUAUUCAUGAUACGGAAGUGGAAGAAGAAUCUGUUGAAACAAAAGUUAUUCAGCACCAAGAAAUCGUUCAAAUUGCUGAAACACAUGUGAAAGAAAAAUUAAUCGCUGUUGAAAACGCUGAACGAAAUGAGGGUUAG